AUGUCCGUGCGCUGCGAUCUGAUGGAGUUCUUAAACCCAAACAGCAGUGACUGUACGUUAGUGUUGUUCUACACACCGUGGUGCCGCUUCUCUGCCAGUCUAGCACCUCAUUUUAAUUCCUUACCUCGAGCAUUUCCAACUCUUCGCUUCCUAGCCUUGGAUGCAUCUCAGCAUAGCAGUUUAUCAACUAGAUUUGGAACUGUGGCUGUACCCAAUAUCCUCCUUUUCCAAGGUGCUAAACCUAUGGCUAGAUUUAAUCAUACGGAGAGAACACUGGAAACACUGAAAGACUUCAUUUUUAAUCAAACAGGAAUAGAAGCUAAAAGGGAUGUGGCUGUGACUGAGGAAGACUGGGAAGGCCCUCUGCCUAGUGUUCUGACAAAAGGAAUAGAUUGGCUGCUCCUGUUCUCUUUGCUCUUUCUGGCUAGCUUUAUUAUGUACGCUACUAUUCGAACUGAGAGCAUUCGGUGGCUAAUCCCAGGACAAGAGCAUGAACAUCAAGAAUAAUUUGAGAUGCUGAAACAGGGACAGGAUUUCUUGCUUAUUUGUAAAGCAGGAAUUUGUAUGGACUAAAAGUAUGAAUGUUCAAAUAUUCAUAUUCAAAUGAACUGUUGAAUUUGUUGGUUGUAAUUUAUAAUCUUGACUGAAAAUCUGCUUUUUUAUCAACUACUGAAUUUGUAAAAAGCAAACACAUGAUGGUUAACAUGGUAAGUAAACAAAUAUGAAAAGAUAUUAACUAAAAAUGUAUUUAUUACACUGCUAAUUUGCUUAUUUUUAAUGUACCUUAAUGUAAAUGUGAUACAGUUCUACUUUGCUCUUAAGAGAGGUCCCUGUGCUUUGUAGAUCAAUUAAGAGUUCUACAGCGUAUUUGCUUGUAUAUGUGGCAUUGCUUGGCAGAGGAGUAGAGCUGCUUCCAUUCAGAUGGAAUCUGGGAAUCUUCUUUUGUAAAACCCACAAUUUCUGUAUGGAUGACGCAGUAUAUACAAUGGAGUUGGGAUGUGUUGACCCACGCAGAUCAUACUCAUUUUCUGGCUUAGGUAUCCCUGAAAUAGUAAAGUGUUAAGGGAUACGUUAGUCCAGGGUGGUGGUACUAAAUUAGUUUGAUUGUCGGGAAAAUGAAGAAAAAGGUGCUUUAAAAAUGAGCGUACGUUGAAUGAUUUCAUUGUCUAAAAAGACAGUAUGUAUUUGCUUUGCGCUUCUGGAGGCAGUCAUACCAGCAAUAAUAAAAACUUAAAAACUUGUACGAUUCAAGUCAGGAUGACUAUUUCCCACCUUUGGUAUUGAGAUUAGAUGCUGUUUAUCUUGUUUACUCUGGUCCGUGAGUUCUGAGUAACAGUUGGACUUGCGACGGUGAUUCUUCAUGAGAUUUAGAAUAACUUCUAAAGCUCAAGCCGUUGUGUAUAUGUGUGGGAGUGGGGGUGUAUAACGUAUAUAGCACUUUCAUAUGGAAUUAAAUUGCAUUUGUGAGCUUUACCUUUAA